UGUUUGGGAGAACUUAUCCUGUCUCUCAGAUUCUCUCUCGUCUCAACCUCGUUCUCACCACCAGCUCUUCUCUUGCAUCUCACCUCGCUCUGCCGCUCACCAUCACCGAUUCGCUUCGAGUUCGAUAACAGCCGCCAGACUCUUCAUUCUUGAUUUGAUUUAUGUGAGGUUAUUGAUUUCUGAGAUUCUAGCAAAGGCUUUUGGAAUGGCAGCGAUUUAUAGUCUUUACAUCAUCAACAAGUCUGGUGGAUUGAUCUACUAUAAGGAUUAUGGGUCAGCUGGACGAAUGGAUACCAAUGAUACCUUACGGGUGGCUAGCUUAUGGCAUUCAAUGCAUGCCAUCUCUCAGCAGCUAUCACCUGUGUCAGGUUGUUCAGGAAUUGAACUACUACAAGCUGAUACAUUUGAUCUUCAUUGCUUCCAAUCACUAACAGGGACGAAGUUUUUCGCAGUAUGUGAGCCUGGCACUCAACAAAUAGAAAGUUUAUUGAAAUACAUAUAUGAAUUGUAUACUGAUUAUGUUUUGAAGAACCCCUUCUAUGAGAUAGAGAUGCCUAUUCGAUGUGAGCUCUUUGAUAUCAACCUAACUCAGUCAGUACAAAAGGAUCGUGUUGCACUGUUGGGUCAAUAAAUCGCUGCCCUAGGCCAAGUGUUGUUGAUGACUGUCUUGUAAGAGAUGCUACUCUGUUUUAUUGUACCUGUACUAUGUAUUUUUUACAGAAAAACUUUUUAUGAUUCAAAUUCAAAUAUAUGAUAUUCUUCAUUUCCUAC